GCGCCACCUUCGUGUCGACGACGGCGGACGGCCAGUUUGUUUACUCCGGCCGUAUCGUUCGAUCGUACAAUGCUGACUCUUUGUGUUGUUUUUCGGUUCGUUCCAGCUCCAAUUCCAGCCUGAUACGCGAUAUUAUGUUUUGACCGAAAAUAAUCAACGACCACCGUAAACACUUCCAAGUUCUACUCAUACGUUGUCGUCAGCUGUUCCUAUCGGUGGUUUUACUGCAAUAUUAAUAAUAAUUUAGUAUUAUUAUCUUUUUAACAAUAUAACAAUAUAUACUAUCUUUUAUUAGACAGUAUAAUUUAUAUAUAUUCCCGAGAUAGUGUGAUACAUUGUGAUUUUUCUAAGAGUGUACGAUUUUGUUUUAAAAAUCGCAUUAAAUAUAGCUACCGCAAGAUCCAAGUUAUCGCGCGUUGCUGUUCGGAUAGUCGGUGAUCGCCUCGCGUCGUUUCUCGUUUGAAAAACCAAAUGUGCAGCAGUUAAUCGAAACACUAUGAUUGUACUACCGGUACUCGGACUACUCUUUGCCACCACGGUGCAUAAGAUACACGGCGAGUGCGAGUUUCCCCCUCAAUGGUCCGGCCGGUGGUUUCAGUCCGGCGUCAACCAUCAUAUCCAAAUCAAUUCUACCAGCAUACUAACCAAAGGGGAAUGCGUGCAAAACAUCAGCGACAAGUUCCUAAUCGAAGACAGGAUUGAAGACUGUAGAAGGUGUUUGGUGAUCACGGAAAAGCACCAGAACGUGAUACAGUACAAAGAAAAUGCACUGUGCGAAAAACGUAGUUUCGACGAAUUGUGCGGAGAGAUUACCAGUGAUGCCCCUCUUUACUCCAUGUUCAGGGUUGAUGCCAUUCCAAUAUCGUGUCCGUUCGAUGGCCUCCAAGCGCCAUUUCAGUUUUCCUAUAGUCGAGGCGGUUACACCGAGUGCAGAUCGCCGGUGUCGAAAGCCGAGUCCUGUACAUCCGAUUCGAGGCUUAUGCUCAAGUUCCAAGCUUGUCCCGACGUCCACAACACAGAGAGCACAGUGGAAGAACUGCUGUGCUUGGCCACGUGGAAGGACGGUUCGACAAAGUAUAUGAUUGGCAAGCUAGAACACACGCCUUCGUCGUCCGACGAAGACAAGUACCGCUGCUUUGUGGUGGGCAAAUCAACUGGCGGCUCUUUCGAGAUGGCUCAGUCCGGAGACGCGACUUGUAACGGCAUGUCAUCGCCCACUGACGGGUCGAGGACAAUGAAAUUCAAUAGAGUCGAGAACAACCACCAUCAUCACGGCAGCAGUUCCGGUUGCCGGUAUCCGUCGUGGCUGACCGAACACCACACUUGGCAUUCGCUAAACCACGGUCACGUAUAUCAUUUCUCGCCGAGGAACGGCACGCUACGGAAAAGCAUACCCGGCGCCGGACCGGACCACGAUAUCCGCGCCGCUUGUCACAGGGUACUCAACGUCACCGACAACAAGGCGCUUAUCGUCACACACUACACUAUCGGAUGCCAAAGCGGAUACGCGUGCAUGGGGUUUUACCGUCGUGACAGUCAAGUUGUGGAAAUCCAAGAGAGCGAAAAUCCUGUGGAGAACGCCGACGACGCCUGUCGGCCAGAAAACUUCCACUCGCAGCUGCUGACGUACAACACGUUAGUCCCCCCUUCGCCAAAAGGUCGGGAAUGCCCUUUCCUCGGCCGGUACGAGAUAAGCGGAGGCCUUAACGCCGACGACGUGGGCAAAGCGCUGGCGGCAAGUCGACCUGGAAGCGAGAACGGCCAAGACAAACCUACGCCGUGCAAUCCGCCCGGCAAACAGUACCUGACCAUCGGAUGCAACUCGCCCGAUACCAUGGAGUUCCUGUCGGAAUGCGGUGCCAAAACGGUAGCCGAGUACACGUGUUACGGACACUGGAAGAACGACGUCAGCGGCGUCAACUACGUGAUAUCCACACCGCAGGGACGGACCGCCCCGAAUUCUCGAAGGUACUGUUUUAUCAUGUCUCAGGUGAAUGGACCGCCAAAAAAGACACUGAACAUCUUUUCGGUCAUGGAGUCUUGCCAUCCGCACACCAUCAGCCGGUUACACUGGGCGUUCAACAUAACCCACCAAGGUCUAUGCAGUUCCGACUCGAGCGGCGGUCUCGCUUUGAAAUCAACAAGCUCACCGGUGUUGGUCACGGUAAUCGUGGCUACUUUAGCCGCCAUCAUCAAAAGGUGAUCGGCCAUUUUUGCGGUCGGUCCAACUUAAGAAAACGCUGGCCGUACACGGUUGCGCGCAUUAUCUUGCCAAAAAGAACAAAACUUUUUUUUGAAAAAAAAAUAUACGGUAAUUUUUGAUAGGUAUAUAGCAACUGACGACCGGAAUGUUUGUUUGUUUUUGUUUUUUUUUUAUUAUUAUUAUUAUUAUUAUUAUUAAAUACCGACUAUAUUGUGAUCGUAUUUUUAAAUUAUUAUUAUUAUUCUUUUCGUUGAUCUAAAUUUAUUAUUAUUUUUUUUUUUUUUUUUCGAAAUGCCUACUUUGUUUCCUUUUUUGACUUUAUAUAUUAUGUUUACGUUGAGUACCAUAUUAUUAUAAAAUAAUGUACAUUGUAUUAUAUUGUUUGUUUGAUCGCGAUGGUGCAGAAAAUCGUUUGUUACGAAAUUAUAAUAUUGUAGAUAUUAUACACACGAGUAGAAAAUUUACUAUUCGGUUAUAUGUAUACAUAUUUAUAUUAUAAAUUCUAUUAUUAUUUUUAAUUUUUUUUUUUUCGUGUAAAUAUAUCGUAUUGUAAAUUUUUCUAUUACUUUGAAAGUAUAUUUUGCGAUAACUAAUAUCAUAUAUUAUUUAUUGUGUGGUGGACAACAACGUACACACUUGACUACAUACAACUUCACGCCUGCUUACCAAAUUAUUGUAUUGUGUACCUAUUAAUGAUAUUUUAUUUCAAUAAAUUAUAAUAAUGUCGAGGCGUUUAGCGUUAAAAACUUCUUGAUAAUAUUAUAUUUAGUAAAAAAAAAACACAAAUUGUUUACAGUAAGGGUCACUGUUGAUUUUUUUUUUCUUUUCUAGAAUUACUAUUCAUAUUUUAAAUAAUAUUAUACUUAUGCUUUGAAUGUACAUAUAUGCUCGUUAUGAUACCGACAAAUGUGACUAAAUGCGUGUCUUUACUGUACUUUUGUAUGAACGAGCCGGAUAACAGUCGGAAAGUGGGUGUUCUUGCGACAACCCACUGGAUUGUUGUCGACUGUAAUGAAAAAUGUUUUAGAUCGGCGUCGUGAUUUUACUUAGUUUUAUUUUUGAAUAUUUGGUACAUUCGUCUAGACGCGUAUGGUUAUUUUUAAAUAAAAAAUAUGUUUGUUAUUGCCUAUAUUACAAAAAAAACAAAAUUGAAAAUGUUAUAUAAAAUAUAUAUAAAUAAUAAUAAAAAA